AUGCCUCCUGGCAAGGCCUCAACUAGCUCCCGGAACAAAUCCAUCUGCCAAAAGUCUGGGGAGAUUGCAGCUACCCUCACAAAAAUCUCCUCGUUGUAUUUAGCCACAUUCUUGCUUCCAAGAAAUCGCAAGAGCGCCGCCAAGUCGCAGCCUCAGCGUCAGUCUCCAAAAUCCCAUGAAGUUCGUAGCAAGGCAGCAUAUGUAGAGCAAGAUGACGCGGUUGACACGCAUGUGGAUGAGUAUAUUCGUGGCCGCCGUGUCAGCGUUUUCGGCCAGAUUGAUGAUGGUGUGCGAAAUGAAACAUUGAAUUGCAUUUCGCCGCCACCACCGCCAAAGAACAACUACACGAUCAUCUCUAACAACUACUUCGCCGGUUACUCCCUCCCCACCUUGGCUCAAGCCAGCCCUCCCGUUGACAAAAUCACCAUCUUUGGUGAUGGAAACACCAAAGGUGUUUUUGUUGAUGAAGAUGAUAUUGGCAUAUAUACCAUCAAGGCAGCUAAUGAUCCAAGAACCCUAAACAAGAUUGUCUACAUAAGGCCCCCUGGUUGCAUCUACUCUCACAACGAGCUAAUCUCUCUUUGGGAGAAGAAGACCGGCAAAACCCUAGAGAGGAUUUAUCUCUCGGAUGAAGAAAUUUUUAAGAUUAUCCAAGAAGCACCGAUCCCUUUCAACGUAAUAUUUGCUCUAAAUUACCUGGUGUUUGUGAAAGGAGAUUGUCUCAGCUUUGAGAUUGACCCAGCCAUUGCUGCUGAAGCCACUGAGCUCUAUCCCGAAGUCAAAUACACUACAGUUGAGGAAUAUCUCAGUCGUGUUCUGUAAAUAAAGUUUACAAUUAUCUCCUCCUCAAGUUUUUCAGAAAAGUCCUAUGAAAAUUUUCUGUUAUUGUGUUGCUGUUUUGCUCAUCUUUGCAUCCUUGUUUGAA